UGUUGCCGCUCCUGCUUUUCAAAUACCCAAAUUAAAACCCCAGCCUUUAACAUCUGGAGCAAGUUAUUCAUCAAAAACCCACAAAAAAGCUUCAGAGAAUGAAUUCCAUAGCUUCAACAGUGGAGAAAAUAAAAGGGUUGGCUCAAGACCUGGUUAAAGGCCGCGAAUCUUCAUCUCGCCGCAAUCCGAUUGAAAUCUUGAAGCGGCUACAGCGAGAAUCAUUUUCAGACUCGAUGAAACUCCGAGACCGACAAGACAUAGUCAAACGUUUACUUUCAUUUUACAAAGCAUCAAAGGGGAAUCCCUUCCAAGAAUCAAGAACCCUUUUGAGAGGGGAAGUUGAUCUUGUCGGAGCCGUAUUGUUAAUGUCCAAGGUUGAUGAGGAACAUUGGGAUGGGAUUGGUCGGGCAGGAAUUAGAACUGGGGUUGAUUCCAGGUUUAGAUUUGAAACAACUGUUCGGGAUAAAGAUUCUGUUGGGGUUGAGUUUGUGGCUAAUCAGAAAAGGGGUGCAAGUGAUGAUGGUGAUUUAUAUGGAACUCCACUGUCGCUGUCUAAAUUGUUUUACAAAGCAAAUGCCGGUGAUUGGUUUUCCGCUAUUGCUAUUCCAUUUGGAGCUCAGUUUAGAGACUUCGAUGUUGCCUCAGACUUUUCCCUUCAGGAAAAGGGCCUCACUGAUUUAUCAUUUGGGCCACCCCUGUUGCAACAGCAAUAUGGAAGUGCAAUUGGGUUGACAGUGAGAAAGUCAAAUAUCAUUGCUUCGCUGGCUCAAUCUGUCUCUGGAAUGAGAAAUGAACAUUGCUCGAGUACAUUUGGACAAGUUGUUUGUCAACUUCCAGCAGGAUUGAAACUCUCAUUUUUUGGCCUUCACCGAGGGCCUAAAUUGGCUGGUCAUAAUGUCCGCCUUGGAGCCCUUGCUACUUCUGUUGGAUUUCCAAGACAUCUCGAAGAUGAUAAUUCAACGGUUGAAUCAUCUUCUCCACCUUUGACAACAAACAACCAGGAAACUGGAUCUAUUGCCCUGAAGCUGGAGUCAGAACUUGAUGAAUAUAGAAGACUUGCAGGUUGGGUUGAGAUGAAACAAGCAAAUCCAAAACAUUUACAAUGGGCUGUUAAUUUGUCUGAUAUUUCUGAUGAUGUAUAUGGUUUGGGUAUGAAUCUUGGUGGGAUUGUUGAAGGUCCAAGAAACUGGGAUCACUUUCAGGUUGAAUCCUAUGUAAAAUUUAACCUGGGUAGGAAAUUUAGCUUCAAGCCAGGCGUUGCUUAUGUAGUGGAUGGAAAUUCCAGGACCCUGGCCCUUAUGCUUCGCUCUAACUGGUCCCUCUGAUUAUACCU